AACGAACCGGCACGCAUUUUACUCCUAACUUUUCUCCACUCUCCAGUCUCUCUCUUUUCUGCGUUUCUUCUUCUCUCUGUGGCGUAGAUUUCUAGAGAGGAAUUUAGGUCUUCUUCUUUGGUUUUUCCUUAGCUCUUCGUUCUCGUACUCUCUCGACAGUGAAAUCAGGAAUUUGGUAUGGCUGCUACAGCUACUGCUUCUGCAAUUCGUUACGCUCCUGAGGAUCCGAAUCUUCCUAAGCCAUGGAAAGGUCUUGUGGAUAGUAGAACUGGCUAUCUCUACUUUUGGAAUCCAGAGACCAAUGUUACUCAGUACGAGAGACCAUCUUCUUCCGCUCCUCCCAAGCUUGCUGCUAUUCCCAUAAGUUCUUCGGUUCAGACUACUCAGCAAUCUUCUUCUGGAUUUAACUCUGGCAAGGAAGAGGAUAAGUAUGGUAGGGGCAGUGAUGGGCCUAAGUCUGACUCUGGAUCAAGGUUUAAUGAGGCUGGAAGAAUGGGACCAACAAUUUCUAAUGAUACUGCUAGUGGACUAGGGAAUGCUGCAUUUGGUGGAUCAUCUGCCAGAGGGCCUCCUUCUUCAGCGGCAGGAAAUGAAUUGUCCCCAGAGGCCUAUUGCCGCAAACAUGAAAUUACUGUCAGUGGAGGCCAAGUACCACCGCCUCUAAUGUCUUUUGAAGCCACUGGUCUUCCCCCAGAGCUUCUGCGGGAGAGUCACAAUUUUAUGCCAUAUGCGCUCUCUUUUGUCCCAGGUGCGAUAUUUGCUCUUGGAGGAGCUAAUGUCGUACGCUAUGCCACUUCUUUGGGGUUCUUGCAAAUUAUUUGGAGUGCCCUUUUUGGUGGACCAAAUACUUUGGUAUACAGUGCAGGAUUCUCAGCUCCAUCUCCAAUUCAAGCUCAGUCGUGGCCAAUUGCGAUGCAAAACAGAGACAUAGUAGCCAUUGCUAAAACAGGCUCUGGAAAAACUCUGGGUUACUUGAUUCCUGGUUUCAUGCAUCUCCAACGGAUCCACAAUGAUUCACGAAUGGGCCCAACAAUCUUGGUAUUGUCACCUACUAGGGAGUUGGCCACACAAAUCCAAGUUGAAGCUCUGAAAUUUGGAAAGUCAUCCAAAAUUUCGUGUGCGUGCUUGUAUGGUGGAGCACCCAAGGGUCCUCAGCUGAAGGAAAUAGAAAGAGGUGUAGAUAUUGUUGUUGCAACUCCCGGGCGACUGAAUGAUAUCCUUGAAAUGAGGAGAAUCAGUCUGCAUCAAGUAUCUUAUCUUGUGCUGGACGAGGCUGAUAGAAUGCUGGACAUGGGGUUCGAACCUCAGAUCAGAAAAAUUGUGAACGAGGUUCCCACUAAGCGCCAAACUCUUAUGUACACAGCAACAUGGCCAAAGGAGGUCAGGAAAAUCGCAGCUGAUCUACUUGUUAACCCUGCCCAGGUCAACAUUGGUAAUGUUGAUGAGCUUGUGGCGAACAAGUCCAUUACUCAGACUAUUGAAGUCUUAGCACCGAUGGAGAAACAUAGCAGGUUAGAGCAGAUAUUGCGGUCUCAGGAACCGGGUUCUAAGAUCAUAAUUUUCUGUUCAACCAAAAGGAUGUGUGAUCAACUGGCAAGGAACCUGACCCGUACGUUUGGAGCCGCUGCUAUACAUGGAGACAAGUCUCAGGCUGAGAGAGACGACGUACUGAACCAAUUUAGAAGUGGUAGGACUCCUGUUCUUGUUGCAACCGAUGUAGCUGCUCGUGGACUUGACGUUAAGGACAUAAGGGUGGUGGUCAACUAUGAUUUUCCAAAUGGAGUAGAGGAUUAUGUCCAUAGAAUCGGAAGAACUGGAAGAGCUGGAGCUACCGGUCUAGCUUACACCUUUUUUGGAGACCAAGAUGCUAAACAUGCUUCAGAUCUGAUCAAGAUAUUGGAAGGAGCAAACCAGAAAGUUCCUCCACAGGUCCGCGAAAUGGCUACACGUGGUGGUGGUGGAAUGAACAAAUUUCGCCGCUGGGGUCCACCUUCCAGUGGUGGUGGUGGUGGAGGCCGUGGUGGCUAUGGUGAUUCUGGUUACAGUGGUCGUGGUGAGUCUGGCUAUGGUGGUCGUGGUGAUUCUGGUUAUGGUGGUCGUGGUGAUUCUGGCGGUAGAGGAAGCUGGGCUCCUUCACGUGACAGUAGCAGCUCGGGAUGGGGAAGAGAGAGAAGCCGUAGUCCUGAGAGAUUCAAAGGAGGUCCACCGUCCACUUCUUCUCCACCUCGCAGCUUUCAUGAGGCGAUGAUGAUGAGAAAUAGGUAACUCAUCAGAAUUUUAACCAGAUUGGGGCAAUAUAUAUAGAAGAGCCUCUUUCUGCUCGGGUAAAUUAUUCAUUUUGUGGGGUGUGUCUGUGUUUGAGCAAAGCCGCUAGUACUUUUAAACAUCACACACAUCUGAAGGAUAUUUCUAAUGUUUUGGUCUACGAGAAACCUUUUUCUGUUUAUAUUAUGGAAACAAAGACUCGUUUAUGGGUUCUUUCUUUGUUGGUGUUUAGUAGAGGAUGUUGUCAGCUAAUAUAUGUUUCAGACCUCUAAAUAAGAAUGACUUCGAUAUUUUGAAGUAAACAAGUUUGUUUGGUUA